CAUUAUAAAGUACUUAUCAUCAAAAAAUUGUUUGUGUCACCCAAACACUCUCAUUAAUGUGACAAGAGCACUAUUGUUAUCAAAAAUUUACUAUGGACUUGCAAUAUACGGACACUGUCCCAAAACUCAUAUCAAACUCUUAAAUGCACCUUACCAUGCGGCAGCGAGAAGGAGUAUUCGUGCCUUCCCAACAUCCCCAAUCAAAGCUAUUUUAAAAGAAUCCGGGUUAUCAGAUAUUCAGCAAAGGACCAUACAUAACACAAUGCUACUCAUUCCAAAGUUGCUUCUAUGCAGAAACGAGUUAACACUCAUGAAUGUAAAUAGCACUCUCCAAUGUCCACGCAGAUUCAACAAACUCACAACUAGAAUGCGAUGUCUAACCAUUUCCAAGCAACUAGGGAUAAUUAAUAGCCUUACAAUGGUUGAACCUUUAAUAAUUCCGUCUUCCAUGACAUUAUCUUCAAGUUGUAUCAGCUUUACGCAUUACGAUUAUGUUCAGCUAUAUAAAGAAACCAUUCAACCUUAUAGAGAUGAUUGGGAGCUUAUAUUUACAGACGGAUCUAAAAGUGAUACAUCCACCUCAUUUGCUUUGACAAACAAGAACGGUGUCACUAUAGCUGCUUUUGUUUUGCAUUCGUACUGCUCGGUAUUUACAGCUGAAACAGCUGCAAUAUUGGAAGCGGUUCGUUUUGCCGCUAGGAAUGGUAAGAAAACUAUUAUUUGCAGCGACAGUAAAUCAGACAUAGAUGCUAUUUUUAACCAAUUAAACGAGUCCUACCUGAUUACAAAAAUAAAAAACAUUAUUUUUCAACACAAUAACAUAAUCAAAAUUAUGUGGAUACCUGGACACGCAGGGAUUCAAGGAAAUGAAAUGGCUGACAAACGAGCGAAAGAAGCAAACAAAGAACCUUUGCAUACGUCAGCAUACUUCACCACAAAGGAUAUUAAGAAAUACGCCAAACAACAUAACUCGGCCAAAAACCACAUUAUUCCAAACCAAUCACCUGUAAAAAUAUAAAAACAUUCACACGCAUAAGAAUCGGGCAUACAAUUUCGACACAUGGACACCUUUUGAAUGGUAGAAGCAAACCCAUAUGCACUUUAUGUGGUUCGGAAGAUUUCACAAUACUUCAUAUCCUCGAUCACUGUGCACACGUACAACAACAAAGAGUCUUGAUUUUUGGUAACAACAAACCAUCUGACUUACUCGAUCGGACAGAUGACAAUAACAUUAAUCUUUUUAUAAAAUAUAUGCAAGUAUGUAAAUUAAUUAUUUAAUAUACAAGUAAUUGAAGUACAAACUAUAUUUAAUUUGCUUAAGUCUUAAGUAAUAAAAAUGUAAUAACUUAAUCUGUAAAUAUUAAUCAAGCCGAAGGCCCUAGCAGCCAG